GAGCCGGGCUCACAUACUCACUCACUCACUCACACACACUCACAUCCUCACCCUCCUCCAGCCCCACCGCCUCCACCAUGGCUUCCUCUGCCCUGUCUGUCUGCUCCAGCGACCUGAGCUACAGCAGCCGGGUCUGCCUGCCCGGGUCCUGUGACUCCCGCACCGGCUCCUCCUGGCAGGUGGACGACUGUCCAGAGAGCUGCUGCGAGCCCCCCUGCUGUGCCCCCAGCUGCUGCGCCCCGGCCCCCCGCCUGUCCCUCCUCUGCGCCCCAGUGAGCUGCGAGUCCCGCCCCUGCUGCCAGCCAGCCUGCAGCAGCACCUGCCUGGCCUCGUCCUGCCAGCAGUCUAGCUGCCAGCUCUCCUGCUGCACCUCCUCCCCCUGCCAGCAGGCCUGCUGUGAGCCUGUCUGCUGCAGGCCCGUCUGCUGCACACCUGUCUACUGCAGGCCCGUCUGCUGCACACCUGUCUGCUGCAGGCCUGUCUGCUGCACACCUCUCUCCUGCAGGCCCGUCUGCUGCACACCUGUCUGCUGCAGGCCCGUCUGCUGCACACCUCUCUGCUGCAGGCCUGUCUGCUACAGGCCUGUCUGCUGUGAGUCCUCCCCCUGCUCAUCCUCCUUGUGCUGCCAGCCCAAGCCCUGCUCCUCGGUUAGUUGCAAACCCUCCUCCUCCGUGUCCCUCCUCUGCCGUCCUGUGUGCCGCCCUGCCUGCUGUGUGCCCACCUCCUCCUGCCAGCCCAGCUGCUGUCGCCCGGCCUCCAGCGUGUCCCUGCUCUGCCGGCCUGCGUGCCCCCGCCCUGCUUGCUGCGUCCCAACCUCGGCCCCAGAGCCCUGUUGCUGACCUGGCACAUUGCAACUCCUUCCAGGGCCAACACUGGCUUUCACCUGAAAUUUCUGUAGCCUUACGCCAGUCUGGGGUCUCCUUCUGCCCCAGAAUUUCCUGUGAGCAGCCUGAGCUGGCUCCUGGUUCCCUCCAGGCCCUGAGUGUCAGCCAGCAUCCUGUUUUCCAUCCUUGUUGGUCAUGGAUUUUGUCCUGGCCUAGGUGAGGGGUCUGUCUGUUAACAAAUAAAGUCAUUGUCAUGCC